UGUAAAAAGAAUGUCAACCCUUUGGUCUUGUUCCUCGGUCUAUCUUAUUAUUUAGACCAGGACUUUUCUCGUUGCACCACGUGAAUUUUUUUUCUAAUUUUGCUAGCCUGACAAGGCCCAACCUCUUCGGGACCGCUGGGGCCAUCCCGAUAACUUGGCCGUGAACCCUCGGAGCGGGACUCCGCUUCCAAGGAUCGCGAAGUGUGGACCCUAAAAGCGCCUCCAGGGGAGCCCCAACCCUUGGGAGGCUCGGCUCGGAGGUGCUUUGGAGGGGUGUCAAAAAGGGGGGCAAAAAGACCCCACUUUGACACCCCAAACGACCCGGGUCAUUUGGCGACCAUUUUGGACCAAAAAGGGUCGCCUUAAGGCACCCCCUAGCCCCCACUAGAUGGGGCCGCUUCGGUCCUCGCAAAAUGACCCGGCAGCUUUUUUUCAAAAAUGGGGUACAAAAUGCACCCAAAGUGACCCGCUACAUUUUUGGCCAAAAAGAGCCGCUUUCGGCCACCCCUUGCCUGGCUCAGACCUCCGCGUCGGAGGUUGGCACCAUGGACGGCGAGCCAGGUAUCCUUGGCGGCUGCCUCUCUGCGAAUGUCGACGACGCCGAACGCUCCCAGUCACGCGAUGGCCGGGGUGUAUGGCUGUGCGCCAGGCCUUGCACCUGGCUGCAUUUUUCAAAAAAAAACUACGUGGUGCAACGAGAAAAAUCCUGGUCUAAAUUAUAUUAGCGACUCUACUUCAUCUAAGUAGAUGCUAUCUUAGUAUCGAAGUCGACCGUGCUCAAUUUCCACAAGGACGCAACAACGCAAAUCGACUUAGAGGACUUUACUAGGAAGGUUGUGAUGAAGAUGGAGGACUACAACAUCAUCAACAAGCAUCAACAUCAUUGCGAUUGUACUACGAUGUCUUAGUCGUGUAGAGCCGCGUCUACUAGCUCUAGUAGACAACUUGAUGAUGAUGAUGAUUGUGCCUAACUUAUGAUGACUUAACCAAGAUACAACUUGAUAUCACAACAUGCAGUCUGCACAACCUUGAACAUUCUAGCACAACCUUGAACAUUCUCGCACAAAGCAGACAGUGCAGUUAACAUGGAAAAGAGACCUUGAACUUGAACUACAGCAUGAACCUGCGAGGAAUUGAUGUAAUAGAAUAGAUAGAUGUCCAGAAGUCCUUUAAAGAUCUUUUUAUUAACUUUAACCUUAAGGAGUUCACGAACAACAUGCAGAAAUAUCAAUACAACGAAGUAGAGGCAUAGACACCGG